UAUUACGGAGAAGUUCACACGAGAAUUACCAGUUCCAGAAUUCUACCCUCUCUUUCACGCAUACAAAUCCUUAUCUAGAAUUCUGUUCUCAUUCAAUCUAAUCUGUUAUGAUUUACGUUAAUCUGUUUUGACAUAUCCUAAUCCUAUUUUCCCAUUAUAAAUCAAACCCGAAAGCAACUUUUUUUGUCAUUACAUAAUUUAUUUUUACCAUGGCUAAACGUUCUCUGUGUUUCGCUGUGUUUAUUAUAGCCUUAGCCAUUGGAAGAAACGUAUGUGAAGCUGAAGAAGAAAUAGGGUUUUAUGAACUGAAGAAAGGCAAUUUUACAGUAAAGAUCACCAACUAUGGUGCAACUGUUCUAUCUGUUAUAGUUCCUGAUAAGCAUGGUAAAUUGGAUGAUAUUGUUCUUGGUUUUCCAUCCAUUGAUGGGUACAAGAAUGAUUCAACCUACUUCGGUGCACUUGUUGGACGUGUUGCUAAUAGAAUUGGAGGGGCUCAAUUUACUUUGAAUGGGAAAAAAUACCGACUGCCUGCUAAUGAUCAUGGAAAUACACUCCAUGGUGGAAGCAAAGGAUUCAGUGAUGUUAUAUGGACUGUAAAUCGUUAUGUAAGAGAUAGUCACAUAACUCUAAGUUAUGACAGCUAUGAUGGUGAACAAGGAUUUCCUGGUCAGGUUUCUGUAUUUGUAACCUAUAUGUUCAUUGGAACAAACAAAUUAGCAAUAAACAUGCAAGCCAAGCCUAUAAACAAGGCCACUCCAAUCAAUCUAGCUUCCCACACUUACUGGAAUCUUGGAGGACACAAUAGUGGAGACAUACUUUCGCAUAAAAUCCAGCUUUUCGGCUCCCACAUUACUCCAGUCAAUGACAAACUCAUUCCAACAGGCGAAAUUUCUGCUGUCAAUGGAACUGCGUAUGAUUUCCUCAAGCCAAGGGAAAUUGGGAGCAAGAUCAAUGAGCUUUCUGAUGGAUAUGAUAUCAAUUAUGUUAUUGAUCAGACGGGGAAGGGGAAGCAUAUAUCGAAGGUGGCCGUGGUGCAAGAUAGAAAAUCUGGUAGGAAUUUGGAGUUGUGGUCUAAUCAACCUGGAUUGCAAUUUUAUACAAGUAAUAUGCUGGAUGAUGUAGUAGGCAAAGAAGGAUUUAUUUACAAAAAAUAUGCUGCAUUGUGCUUGGAGUCACAAGGCUUUCCAGAUUCAGUAAAUCAUCCUAAUUUUCCUUCACAGAUUGUGAAUCCAGGAGAGGUUUAUAAGCACAUUAUGGUUUACAGGUUUACCAUUUAGUUCUCAUAGAUAAGAUAGACAAUGUUUCAUUUGUUUCUUUUGAUAAGUUUUUGGUUUGUGAUAUGCAUUUUAGACUUAGAUUUUUUUUUUUGUU